UAGAAGUUGUUAUCGUUAUGGCGGAAAAAGUGAAAAACUUUUUUAAAUUAAAAAGGUUGAAUAGUCAGAGAGGGAUUGAUGAUAUAUCGCCUUCUCUAACCCCGAAUCCUCAAGCCAGUCCGCCAACUUUUAAAGAAGCAACGCAAAAUUUUUCUAAAACCAAUAAUGCUUCUGCAGCGGAUUUAAAAUCCAGGAAGUUGUCUGCGGGCGGCAUCAAAGAUCUCGUGCAAUGCUCAUUGUGCCUUGAGGUACUCACCGAACCCAAGAUGUUACCGUGUCAACAUACAUUUUGUUUUGCCUGUCUCAAAGCAUAUGCAACUGAUUUACCGAUUAUUUCGUGUCCCAUCUGUCGGACUAGAAUACAAAUUCACGGACCGAGUUUUAUAGAAGAUUUGCCAUCUAAUCUCUACAUAGACACGUUGUUGUCUAUGAUCGGUAUAAGUGUAACCCCGAAGACAGAAACACCCCCAGUAACACCAACGAACAUGAGUUCUGUUGAGUUGUUCGCUGCUGGUAUAAGAUGUGCCCACUGCAAAUCCAUGUGCGAUAAUUCGGAUAUUUCCUCAUGCGAACAUUGUAAACAGAACUAUUGCCGAGUCUGUUGGUCGCAACAUUUGGCAGAUAUGCGUUCACAAUUGGGAUCAAUAUUGAAAGAAUUGGAAUCAGCAGCAAAUCGACUAAAACAUAAGACAGAACAUCACAAGGAUCGCUGCGAUCGAAUUAUCGAACAAAUAAAUAUAACAGCAGAGGAGAAAAUAAAUGCUAUUCUGGAAGCGAAAAUCGAGUUGUUAAAAGAAGCAACUAACUUAAAAAAUAUAGGAGAUAUGUCCGCAUUAGCUUUGAAAUCAUCUCUGGAUGAGGCUCGUCAAGUAGCAACUAAUGCUAUGGACAUUACCCAGGGUACAAGCGACCGUGAAAGGGUGAUAACAUUUAUGAACUUACACGAAAACACACUACAACUACUGUCGGAAGUUUCCAAAUGGGAUGCAGAGAAAUUUGCAUUCGACAAAGAGAACUUCAGCAUAGAAUCAGAUACAGCAACUCCAUGUGAUGCAGAAUCAGACGAUCCUUUGCCUGAAGCUGCAAAACAAUAUGACCCAAUGGAAAGUGAAGGAAGUCUUAUACUUCAUUACAGAUCCCGCAACUUCGAUCCCCAUUACAUAUGGCGGAAGACGUCUCGUCCUGCAGGUAUAGGUGUGAGUCCAUGGAACAACCAUCUCUACAUUUGUGGAAUGGAUAGCCACUGUGUCCUCGUAGUCGAAAGGUCACAAGCAAAGAUUGUCACCAGGCUAUCUUGUGACGAGAUGCUUUGUCCAGUACAGAUUGCUUUCAUGAAAAGCUUGGGCGAGAUUUAUGUUACAGAUAAAUGGAAACACUGCAUUCAUGUUUUUUCCAAAGACGGUGAUUAUGUUAGAUCCAUAGGACAAAAAGGCAGUCGAGGCGGUAUGUUUCGUUCCCCGGAAGGAAUAGCCACAGAUAAUGCAAACCAUCAUAUUUACGUGGUUGAUACCGGAAAUGAUCGAGUACAGGUAAUCGACGUGGACGGCAAAUUCUUGGACCAGUACGGAGUAGCUACAAAGCCACAAGCGAUACACACAUCCAGCCUUUGGGAAACAAAAGAUAUGCUUUGUACCGAAUUCAAUGCACCAACAGCCAUUGCUAUCACAAACGAUCGGGUUAUCAUAUUAGAUAGUGGAAAUCGUAGAGUGAAAGUGUACAAUAAGCAAGACAAGAAUAAAAUAAUGGAAUUCGGCUCAUUGGGACAAAGAAAGGGACAAUUCAGGCAGCCAGAGGUUCUAGCCGUCGACCCAAUGGGUUUUAUCCUUGUUGGAGAUUCGGGUAAUUGUAGGGUUCAAGUUUUCAAACCAAACGGUCAAUUAGUGAGAGUAUUUGGAAGACUCGGCACAGACCCUGGGAAAUUCGGGUGGAUAUCCGGUUUACAUGUUACUAAGCAACUAGAUAUUAUUGUAAGCGAUGCAAAGAAUCACAGUGUCAAUUUCUUCUAGCUAGUAUAAUUUAUGUAUUCUUUAAUAGUUAUAUAUAAUAUACAUGAAAACAAAAUAAUGACAGUUUUCGAAGUGAGUUUCAAACAAAACAUGUUAUGGAAGCUGAUUUUGUAAGACUUAAUUGGACUAAAAAUACUGCAAUUCAUUUCUUAUAUGCGAGUUAAAAAAGAGUAGCAACCUCCAGCCCUGUGAAAUAAGUUAAAGAUUAGCUAUAGAAUAUUGUUAAUUUUCUUUAAUAAGUGUAAAAUUAAUUAUCACUUGUAAUGACAAUUUAUUUAAUAAAAUAAAAAAGUGUUAUAUAGUAAAAUACGAAGGCAUUUUGACAUGUAUAUUAAUCAUAAAUAUUUAAUUACACUAUAUUUAGAUAACACAACGAGUAGAUAUAAACCUUAUAUUUACAUAUUUCAUGCGAUUUGCUAAUAUGUAGUUUUGCUAGCAUAAUAUAUGCUCUACUAACAGUUUUUGAUUGAUAUCUGGACUUUAUUUAUAACACAGCGCUAUUCCAUGACUUUUACUCACUAUAAUUUUACUUCAAAAGUUUCGAUAAGAACUUCACCAACAUUCAAAACGCCAUUUUUUCACAAAGUCACGCAUCCAUAAUGAAUAGUGCAAUCAUUCAUUAGCACCAAAUUUGUAUAUAAAUUGUUACCAUAUUAUUUAUUUUUUAUUUGUUUAAUUUUUAUGUGCGUUGUUUCUCUAAUUUAAAACGCAGAUGCGUAACGGAGCCUUGUAAUGGUAGCUCACCUUUGCCCAUACUGCUCCCGUAGUCGUCGUUAAUUGUAGGUAAGUAUCGUGUGGGAUUACCUUCACAUCGGAUUAUGAGUGUGUGAAUAGUGUGCACCUGUGUUUGCGCGCACACUUGUGCACUUGUACCAAUACCAAGAUACCAAUUGUUUAAUGAAAUAAUAUUGUUAUAAUAUGUCCUGCGUAUUUGUCUAGCCUUUCGUGACCGAUGUCAGUCUGU